AUGGAUCCCCCCCCCCAAGCCGAGCAGCCGCCGCAGCCGCCCCCCCCCCCGAGGCUCCUCCGUUUGGGCGCCGGCCCCCCCCCCCCGCAAGUCCUCCUGAGGAAACGGCCCCCCCCCCUCGGGCGGAGGAGAGGUUGUGACCUUCCCCCCCCCCGCAAUAAACUGGUCUCUGGAGAUCCCCCCCCCCCUAUAGUGGAUGAAAAAUCUGGUCAGGUGUCGCUGGAAGAUACCAGCACCAACGGAACAGUAAUUAACAAGCUAAAGGUUGUUAAGAAGCAGACUCCCCCCCCCCAGACGGGGGAUGUCAUCUACUUGGCCCCCCCCCCGAAUGAGCCAGAACACAAUGUGGCACCCCCCCCCCAAUCUUUAAAUGAGAAGCAGGGCACCCCCCCCCCUUCCUUUGAAGCUAAUAAAGAGAACGUGUUCCACGUGACCAAAGAUACCUCAGGUGCAGGGCGAGGUGACGACCCCCAGCCCCCCCCCCCAUUGCCCACCACUCAGGCGUGCUCCCCCCCCCCACAGCCAUCGACGUCGACAUCGGACCCCCCCCCCACGGCUUCUACCUCUUCCAUGGAGCCCCCCCCCCCAGGGCAAGCGCCUUCCUCCAGCACAGGCUCCAGAGAUGCAGGCGUUUCCCCGAAAGAGUGUGGUCCGUCUGUGGCAGGUGAUGGAAUCCCCACCUUUCCUUCGGCUCUCCCACACACAGAGGGAGCAUCCUUUUCUUUGUCAGAACCCCGGGAUCAGGAGGAUUUGGAGCCCAUCAGGAAGAGAAUGAAAGGAGAUGGGGAGCCUGACCUGACCCUGCAGUUGUUGGUUGCAGACCAGUGUAGCGACACCCACACCACCCUUGGGAAUGUCAGAUCCGAGAACGUGAAACCAGACAAGAUGGAGGAGACACUCACGUGCAUCAUCUGCCAGGACCUGCUGCAUGACUGUGUGAGCCUGCAGCCCUGCAUGCACACCUUCUGUGCAGCCUGCUACUCAGGCUGGAUGGAGCGCUCCACCUUGUGCCCCACCUGCCGCUGUCCGGUCGAGAGGAUCUGUAAAAACCACAUCCUGAACAACCUGGUGGAGGCCUAUCUUCUCCAGCACCCAGACAAGAGUCGCAGCGAGGAAGAUGUGCGGAGCAUGGCUGCCAGGAAUAAGAUCACUCAAGACAUGCUGCAGCCCAAAGUUAGGAGGUCUUUCUCUGACGAGGAGGGCAGUUCAGAGGACCUGCUGGAGCUGUCAGAUGUGGACAGCGAGUCCUCGGACGUUAGCCAGCCGUACAUAGUAUGCAGACAGUGCCCCGAGUACCGGAGGCAGGCGGGGCAGUCCCUCCCCUGCCCAGGGCCUGGCAGCGAGCCAGGGUCAGCACCGGCUCCUGGGGAUACACCGUCCACAUCCACCAGUGUCACGACAGCCCAGGAUUAUGUGUGUGCCCUGCAAGGCAGCCAUGCCAUAUGCACCUGCUGCUUCGAGCCCAUGCCAGACCGGAGAGCAGAACGUGAGCAGGACCCCCGCAUCGCCCCCCAGCAGUGUGCCGUUUGCCUGCAGCCUUUCUGCCACCUGUACUGGGGCUGUGCCCGGCCCGGCUGCCUCGGCUGUCUGGCCCCAUUCUGUGAGCUAGACCUGGGCGACAGGUGUCUGGACGGGGUUCUGAGCAAUAACCACUACGAGUCGGAUGUCCUCAAGAAUUACCUGGCAACCAGGGGUUUGACGUGGAAAAAUAUGUUGACUGAAAGUCUGGUGGCUCUGCAGAGGGGAGCGUUUUUACUGUCUGAUUACAGAAUCACGGGGAACACCGUGCUGUGUUACUGCUGUGGCCUGCGGAGCUUCCGAGAGCUGACCUACCAAUAUCGGCAGAACAUCCCUGCUUCCGAGUUGCCAGUGGCUGUAACAUCCCGUCCUGAUUGCUAUUGGGGCCGCAACUGCCGCACUCAGGUGAAGGCCCACCACGCAAUGAAAUUCAAUCAUAUCUGUGAACAGACAAGGUUCAAGAACUAAGCAUCUAGGAGGCACCAGGUGGCUUGGGGGUAUUGGAGGUCAAUGACAACGUUUCAGAAAAUACUGGAUACAGACAUUUUAAGGGCAUUUUACAGUCCUCCAGGGGAUGCUGGAGGUUUCCGCGUCGGGCACUGUAGUGUGACUUCUCUUGUGGAGUGAGACCUUCUUAGCAAGAUGCCCCCGCCCCCACCCCCGCCCCAGUGGCCUGGGAGGCCGGGGCGGCACGACCCACCCCUCCUCUG